AUGCCUGGAUCUUUUGAGGAAUUCGACGAUGCUGCGUGGGAGCACGGCGAUGUACUUUUCGACGAGUGGAAGCAGAAGCUCUACGACGAGGAUAUCUACCAUGAGGUCGUUCGGAAAGUGGUGAAGCAUCGGAUGGGGGGCGAUCCUCUGGAAAUAUGUUCUCCGCAGAGAGGCGGUUUCAACGUCUACUAUCGUAUUCGCUUCGCUGAGGGCGCCGGAGCGAUGAUCCGCUUUCCCAUGCCGGCGUACUUCCAGUACGCUGAUGAAAAGCUCGUGGCAGAAGUUGCCGCGAUGCACUAUAUCUCGGACAAUACUACCAUCCCAAUACCUUUCGUUCUUCACCAUGGUAUGAAAGAGGAGAGCCCUGGUGGACUCGGCCCCUUUAUGAUCAUGGAAUGGGUCGAGAAUUUAGGACCCCCAAUCUUAGACCCCGAUAUCAACGAGGAGAAGCUUGAGCAGAUGUACAGCCAGAUGGCCGACAUUCUCCUCCAAUUGUCCCGGUGCAACUUCACCGCCAUAGGUUCACUUGGCUUUCGGGACGAAGAAGAUAGGCCAGAAGUCGCCACACGACCUCUCUCCUUGAAUGUGUCCCAGCUUGCCAACUUUGCUCGCGUUCCGCACUUCCAGCUACCCUUCAUCUCCACAACCUUCACAACUUCCUCCGAAUACUACACGGCCUUAGCUGAUAUGCACCUUCAGCAACUUUCCUUCCAGCGCAAUCAAGCCAUUGAUUCGGCCGAGGAUUGCAAGAAGAAGUAUAUUGCCAGGCAACUCUUCCGGAAACUUGCCUCGGAGUCCCGCCUCGCAGAUGCCGGAUUCAAUCAGGGCCCCUUCAAGCUCUGGUGUGAUGACCUGCGGCCUGCUAAUGUGCUGGUGGACAAGGCCCAUAAGAUAGCGGCCGCGAUUGACUGGGAGUUCACCUAUGCCGCCCCUGCCGAGUUUUUUUUCAACUGGGAAGCGGGUCAGGACGACUGGGUUGAGAAGUAUGAGCCUAGAUUAGCGACAUUCUUACGCGCCCUUGAAGCCAAGGAGACGGAGUUCAUCGAGCGGGGCCGCUUGACCAAGUCGGAGAUUUUAUCCUCGCGCAUGCGCGAGAGCUGGGAGUCCGGCCAAUUCUGGGUGACAUAUGCUGCGCGGAGGACGUGGGCCUUUGAUGCUAUUUUCUGGAGAUUCCUGGACGAGAAGUUCUUUGAAAAGAAUGAGGACGGCGACUCUAUGGACAGGAUAAAGCUUCUGCCACAAGAACAGAUUGAUGCCAUGGAGCAUUUUGUGACGAGGAAGCUCCAGGAGAAAGAGGAGGGCACGUUGGUAGACUGGUAUGAGACGGAUUCCGAGGCUCGUCUGCCGCCGGAUAUUCUGAGCGUUGGAUCAUCGCCCCGGACCCAGCAGAUGGCGGGAUGGGCCGGUGCAUUUGGGUAG